GUCUCCACGGCAACAGCGGUUACGGCCGCAGGACCCCGGAACGAGGGCCCUUCAGGCGGCAGGCGCGGGGUGCCUGGCGCAGCGCCUGUCCGGACGCGGGGCUGACUGCCAGCCCGCGAGCGGCCCUUUCCCGCCACGAGGCUUCAGUCCCUCCCGACAAAGUCCCCGCGGCCACCGCCGGUGCACUAGGGCGGGCGCGGCGCGGUUUCGCAGCCCGCGGCCAGCAGGCGGUGCGGCGGGCACCUCGCUGCCGAGGUGGCAGUUGGCGGAGAAGCGGCCCGGGCAGCCGAGGAGCGGAGCCGAGCGGAGCCGAGCCGGGCCGGGCGUCCGCGUUACCUGAGGUCCGCGUCCGCCCUCGUUCCGCGGCGGUUCCGUCCUCGUGGGCGCGCGGCAGCUUUGUGGCGGAACGCGAAGUAACGGGGCACGAUGUCCCUGAGGAAAGUGAACAUCUCCAUCCUCGUGGCGGCCGUCGUUAUCUUUCUGCUCGUUCUGCACCACAACUUCCUUGGCCUCAGUGACCUCCUGAAGCGUGAGCUGACAGAUUCCAGUCCAUUAGGACUUCAGCCUAUAGACUUCAUACCUGCCGUUCCCCAGAGGCUGACGGAUGAAAGAAACGAUAAGGAGAUUUCCGUGGUCAUUGCAGCGUCAGAUGAGAGGCUUGGAGGUGCAAUUGCAGCCAUGAACAGCAUUUACCGCAACACCAGAUCCAAUGUGGUUUUCUAUAUUGUUACUCUGAAUGAUACUGUGGACCACUUGAGACUGUGGCUAAGAAACACUGCUCUGAAAAAUCUGAGAUACCAAAUUUUGAAUUUUGACCCUCGUGUCUUAGAAGGAAAAGUGCAAGUGGACCCUCAAAAGGCAGACAGCAUAAAGCCGUUAACCUUUGCAAGAUUCUACUUGCCCAAUUUGGUACCUCAUGCAGAGAAGGCCAUCUAUGUGGAUGAUGACGUAAUAGUGCAAGAUGAUAUCCUUGAACUUUACAAUACUCCAUUGAAACCUGGACAUGCAGCCGCGUUUUCAGAUGAUUGUGACUCUACCACUAAUAAGGUUGCUGUCCGUGGAGCAGGGAAUCAGUACAAUUACAUUGGGUUUCUAGAUUACAAAAAAGAAACCAUCCGAAAGCUUGCGAUGAAAGCCAACACCUGCUCUUUCAAUCCAGGAGUUUUUGUUGCUAAUCUGACAGAGUGGAAAUUACAGAACAUCACUAAGCAAUUAGAGAAGUGGAUGACACUUAAUGUAGCAGAGGAACUUUACAGCAGGACGCUGGCUGGUAGCAUCACAACACCUCCACUGCUCAUCGUAUUUUACAAGCAACAUUCCAGUAUUGAUCCCCUGUGGAAUGUGCGACAUCUUGGGUCUAAUGCUGGAAAAAGGUAUUCUCCUCAGUUUGUGAAAGCUGCCAAGCUGCUCCAUUGGAAUGGACAUUUCAAACCAUGGGGAAGAACGGCUUCAUACGCUGAAGUGUGGGAGAAGUGGUACGUCCCUGAUCCUACAGGCAAGUUCAGCCUGAUCCGAAGACAUCCAGAAGCCUAUGAAGCAAAGUAGAGUACGUUUUAAAAACUGUCGGCAUUUUCUCAGGACACUCGUGGAGCCAAGCAACAUUUUUUUUAGUCAGUUUGUACUACAGAAUAGUCCUUGCCUCCUGGAGCACAGGGAGAUGCACUUACUCAGGUGUAGUGGUGCAGCUGCAAGCUGCACGGUUCCAAAGGAGAUUCACUCACUUGUGUGACUGAAGAUGGUGCUCCAGCAGGGAGUGACGGGGCGCCUCUGCAUGCUGGCCCUUCCAGUUGGGCAUUUCUGUCUGUUGUGUGUUCUUCUGCUCGUCACUACAACUCUUGUGGGGGAAAUUUAUAAACAGUUCCAGUAACAAGACAGAACUUUGGCUGGAGCUUGUACUGUGCAGGCGUCGCACAGGAACGUACUGUAAUUAAGAGCUGCUUGGAGUUUGUUCCGUUGUUGUUCUUGCUGUUUUCUUACCCUGUGAAAUAGUUUCCUCAGCAGUCCUUGCUCGCAUGAAACUGCUCCCAGCCAUUUCUGUGUCAGCCUUUCUUGCACAAUUCUGCAAAAUCGAAUCUUGAUUUUUGAAGAGUUGUUCAAGUAUUACUUGACUAUGCAAAGUGGUUUUAACUGCUAAUGUACACAAACAUUUUCUGUAAACUGGUGAAGAAAAUGUGUUAAAAAAUAAAAGCUAAUGUUACCUUUUGACACUAA